AUGCUAAAUGGUGGACCUAAUGGCUUCUUCUCUGUGGGUAGAGGGUUAAGACAAGGAGACCCUCUCUGUCCUAUACUUUUUGUCCUAAUGGAAGAUGUCCUGAGUAGAAAUAUAUCCAAAUUGGUGACAGAAGGAAAAAUCAGUCCAAUAGUAAUAAGGAAUGGGAUCCAUCCAACCCAUAUGUUCUUUGCAGAUGAUGUUUUUAUAUUUUGUAAUGGAGCAAAGAAGAACAUUAUGAAUUUGAUGAAGCUUCUAGAAGAGUACCAGAAAAUCUCAGGUCAAGUAAUUAACAAAAGCAAAAGCAAGCUCUUUGUAGAUGGCACAACUACUGCAAGUAUAAUGCAAAUUAAAGAAAUGGUACAAAUUGAAGUAAUUACUCUACCUGAUAAAUACUUAGGAGUAAUUUUGCAAUCUGGUGGAGUCAAAAUUUCAACAAUUUGGCCAAUGGUGGAGAUAAUACAGAAGAAAUUAGCUGUUUCCAAAGGAAAAUUGUUGUCAUUCAAUGAUGGAUUGGAGAAUAUUAGAUGGUGCAUUGGUGAUGGACAGAUGAUAUCCAUUUGGUUUGAUUCAUGGAUUGGAAAUUCACCCUUAAUAGAAGAAGUUGGCUACAAUGCAUAUGUUAAAGCUAAUAUCAACAUGAAAGUGUCAGAUCUGAUUACAAAAGGAAAAUGGUGUAUACCGGAGCAGAUGAAACAAAUGAUUUCCACCUACACUCUUCCAGAAAUUGGUAUCGGAGAAGAUAAGAUAAUAUGGAAAAGAGAGAUAAAGGGUAACUUCACAGUACCAAAUUCUCUUGAUGCAGUGUGGAGCAAUGCAAAAGGAAAGAGUCCUUUUUUCAGAGAAUGUUGGAUUAUUGCUGCCUGUGCAACUCUAAAAGAUCUUUGGUUUCAAAAGAACAAUAUGCUCUUUGAUCAAGUCAAACCUAAUUUUCAAAGCUUUAAGAGCAGAAUCAAGAAAACAGUAUAUGAAAGAGGUUUCACAAUAAAAAACAGCAUGUGGAAUAAUGACAAUGAUAAUCAGGUAAUUCUAUUCUUUAAUCUGGAAAUUAAAUUUCAAUGUAUCAAACCUUGCUUCUGGAUUCCUCCAAAUGGCGGUUGUGUUAUGUUUUGCUGUGAUGGAGCAUCCAUUGGCAAUCCAGGAGCAGCUGGUUUUGGGGUUGUGGUAAGAGAUCACUUGAGUCAAGUCAUAGGAGUUAUUUCAGGGGGAAUUGGCAUUGCUACUAACUACAUAGCAGAAGUGUAUGCAUUCAUUGAUGCAGUUGAAUUAGUUGUUGAAUGGAAGUUACGGAUAAUAAUUCUUAACUCAGAUUCCAAAACAGUUAUAUCAGAAGUUGCAGAAAACAAAAUUCCAUGGUUUGUAAGAAUGAGAUGGCUAAAGGAAGUAAGUAAAAUUCAGUCAAUAUCAUUCUGGCACAGCUUAAGAGAAUUUAAUUUUGCAGCAGAUACAGCUGCAAAAAGAGGCACUAAAUUGGCAGCAGGUCAUAAGCAAAUAUUAUAUGGAAGACCAAGUUUCUUAGCUAGAAUAGAAUUACCAAAUGUUGAAUAUUGUAGGUUCUGCUAG